AUGUCACCCCAAAUCUGGAUUAUCACUGGAAGCUCCUCCAGCCUCGGAAGCGAUUUCGUCAAAGCAGCCUUAGAUCGGGGCGACAAGGUGAUCGCGACAGCCCCGCAAAAUGCCACUUUUAUGCAAGGGGGGCUGAAUGAUAUUGCCAACAAGGCUAUUUCUGUGUACGGGCAGAUUGAGGUAAUGAUGAGCAACGCCGGAUACACGCAAUUUGGGACCAUUGAAGAAACCAGUCACGAUGACUGGUUCAAACAGUUCAAUACCCAUGACUUUGGAGCUUCAAAUACGACUAGAUCCUUCCUCCCUCAUUUGCGCAGUAACAAAUCUGGAACCAUUGCCUUCAUUGGGUCUAUGGUCGCGUGGGAUGGUGUACCUACUGUUGGAGCAUACUGUGCUUCGGAGGCUGCUAUACAUUAUGCCGUCGAGUCAUCCAAAGAGAUCGCCGCCGUCGGCAUCAAGUCUCUCCUCUUCGAGCCCGGGACAUUCCGAACUGAUCUUUUGAGCCAGCAGAAUAGCAAAUCAGCCGCUAACAAAUUUGAAUAUUACAAAGCUUUGACCGAAUCAUUGAAUAGCUAG